CCAAUGGAAUCCCCUGAAGUAUUAUGAUAAUUAAAAUUAGGUAAUCUUUAUUGGUAAGCCACCUGUGCAUGAACAUAUCUAUUCAAAUGGAUUCAUUUGUUUAUCAAUAUUAUACGAUGGUAUUUAAUAAUAGAAUGAUUACUUUAGAAUGGACUGCUGCCUUGAGCGUAACCUCUUUAUGUCUUUCAAUCCAAUCCAUGUUGUCGAGUGCUACCAUAAAAGUGAGGAUAACGAUAUUAUAAUCAGAUGAAACCUCCCAAUGAUGAAGAGUUUAUCAAGAAAGCCGGUGGAAAAGGGCCAAAGAGUUUUAAAUGGAAUUUCCAUGAUGAAAAGUGCUGAGCAUGUUGCAACAAAUAUAUAAAUUCAAUACGAAAC